AUGCUCCACGCCUCCGCCAUCCCAACACGCAUCCGCGAAGGCGUCAAGCACCGGCUCGCGGCCAAGCAGGACGCCGAAGAUGGCGGGCGCACGUCUCCGGUUGCCGAGGUUGCAGCUUGCACCGAGUCUUUGACGAGCCCCGCCUCUGGCUCCACGAUCAUCCGCGCGCUGGCGCGGUCAGGCGUGGCCGAGAUCACGUCUCCAGUCUCCUUCAACAUCCGCGCGCUCGCCGCGGUGCCCAGCACGGGCGGGGAGGAGGAGGUCGAGGAGAAGGAGGUGGCGUCCCUGCGGCUCUCAGCGGAGCGCCCAGGCUCGUCUGCCGACGAGCGGCCGUCCAAUCCAGUGUGCGGGAUGGAGGCGAAAACGGCCGCGCGUCUCACGCCGGAAGCCGUCCCGUCGCCGCUCCCUUUCCUCAGCACGCCGCCACCAGAAGUCCCGUCUCCGUCCGCCUUCCCGCACGGCGGCCAAGGCAGCGACGGCGGCAUGUGCGGCGAGGUGUGCUACUUGACCUCGCUGGGCGAAGGCGAGGCCGCGCACGCCACCGCCACAUCCUCUGGCGGCCGGCCUUGCGACCCGGUCGCCUCCUCCCUGGCCGAGCGCGACGGCUGCAGCUCGCUGGAUAGCUGCGCGACGGUGCUCGACGACCCGUGCAGUGGAUCGUCCUCGGAUGAGGCGACGGAGGGGGCCGACUCGCCGCCGCGGCUGCUGUGCACGCACGACGCCGCCAUCGCGACGUGCCGCCACCCAGUCGCAGGCACAUCGCUCCGCAAACCGCAGCGCUCCGCUGCGCGCCUCCUCCUCGCCACGCUCCUCGCCGCCGUCGCCCUCGGGCCGAUUCUGCACGCCCUCGCGGCGCGCCUCGCGCCGCCGCCGCCGCCGCCGCCGCUGCUGACGCCGCCGCCGCCGCCGCCGCCGCCGGCCGCGUGUGACAUGCACAUGGACAUCGACAUGGACAUGGACAUGGACAUGGUCGGCGUGCGCGACUACUCGCGCCUCGCGCCGGCAGGAAGGCACGCGGGGCGCCGUGCCGGCGGCGUGGAAGCGCCCUUCCCUGUCGGCGGCGGCUUCCCGGGGCUGCUCGGCUGA